AUGAAAGCUAAAAAGGAAAGAGAAGAGAUGGAACGAGCCAAAAGUUCUUCUGAAAAGAAAGAGAAAGAGGAACCAAAGGAAGAAGAUCCCAACAAGAUCGAGACGGUAGCGGAUAUCCACGAGCAAAAGAGAGAUGAGAGUCCAGAAAAAUUGGAAAACACUAGAGAAAUAGACGAGACACAAGAAAAAAAGAUGAAAGAGAAUAUGAAAGAGAAUAACAACAAGAAUGGAGUCGAGGAAAAGACAGAGGUUGAGGAGAAGCCUACUUUGGGAACUAAGCCCAAAAUCAUCGGAAACGUUGCAGUGAAACCAUUGAUAAAAGAGAGCUUUGCAAAUCACCUUGUAAUGGUAAACAAGCAAACAAAUGCCAUGUUAGCAUUUGCUACAGCAAUGGAGAGAACCACCGACAAGCUGAACGACCUGAUGAAGGAGAGUAUGAAGAUGGUACAAAUGCUGUGCAACUUCACGGACAAAGAGUUAGAGACAAAGAGAGAUCGAGCUAAUAAAUCUGAGGUAACACCAAUUUCUGUUCAUUCUAGUCAAAAGAGACCACUUGAAAAUGCGGAAACGGGAAAUGAAAAUGGUAAAAAGGCGAAAUUCGAUGAAGGUCAAGAAAGUAGAGUCAAUAAAGAGUUAGAGUUAAUGAGAAAAAGCAUAGAGGAAAAAGAGUUGAGCGCGACAAUGAACAUUAAGAGAGAUUAUAAGUUGACGCAAAAAGUCAAUUUCAAUAUCUGGUACGAUUAA